UCUCGAACUUUGCUGGUUUUUCUUAUUUUUCCUCUCUUGGCCUUUAAAGAAGUCCUCAGCAAUUCAACUUUCGUGCCAUGAAAGCUCAGCUCUCUCUCACGAUACCACCCUUCUCUUUCGUCUCUCUCUGGCAUUUACCUUUUCGUUUUUUCUGCAUUUUUUUUUUUCUGGGUUUCACGUUUUUGUUUUUAUAUAUUGUUCUCCUGAAGGAAAAGAAAAAAGAGUUUAACAAUCGGGGUCAAUAGAUGCGUGGUUAGGAAGACUUAUUUUCCCAGCGUUGAUUUUUCACGUGGGUUUCGACGUUCAAGUUCUUCCAUGGUCAUGGAGAUGGCUGCAAUUCACUUGGAUAAGAACAUGGAAGUCAUUGAAGAUGACGCCCUUGAGUCAUUACUUUCACAAUCUUCAUCAAAUGAGGGUGGUAUAUUUGGGAAUCCUGAUGCAGUUCCUCGAGUUGGUGAUGAUUACCAGGCAGAAAUUCCACCUUUAAUGGACCAAAAUGAUUGUUUGGAGCUCAUAGAGAAAACUGUUGACACAAAAGCCAUGGUUGACAUUCCAAGCUCUUUCUUGCUAGGAUUACUCAUCCCAAUUAUGUGGACACACUGUGAAGUUGACAAGGCCAAACAGGAAGCAUUGGAACUCUAUGGUAACCAAGACACUGCCAUGAAUACAAAUAGGGCAUUAAAAUUUAAAAUUAGUGAAGAGAACCAGAUCACUUCAAAUAAUGAAGGUGCAGGCCAUAAAGUUGAAGUCAGAUAUUCUAAUAAUGCUCUACACAAAAAGAAAGAAAUGGGAAUGCCAACUCUCCAACCUACUCUUGGAACUAACAAGAUGGAUGUUGACUUAAUUUUAUCACAAGAGAAGAAGUUCUGUCCUGGAGAAAGACACUGCUGUCCUUUUCCUGGUUCUUCAAGUGAAACGUGGGGGGAUAUUGAGCAUGAUAGCUUUGUCCUAGGCCUAUAUAUCUUUGGGAAGAAUCUUCUUCUGGUGAAGAGAUUUGUUGGAAGUAAAGGAAUGGGUGACAUUUUGUCUUUUUACUAUGGAAAGUUUUACAGGUCUGAUGCACACCGCAGAUGGUCAGACUGCAGAAAGAUAAAAAGUAGAAGGUGUGCGUAUGGACAGAGGAUUUUUGCAGGAUGGAGGCAGCAGGAACUGUUAUCACGUUUAUCUUCUCGUGUGUCAAAGGAAUGCCAAGAUAUGUUGGUGCAGGUUUCUAGGACAUUUGGAGAGGGAAAGCUUUCACUUGAAGAAUAUGUGUUCUCUUUAAGAAAUACAGUUGGCAUUAACCUGCUAGUUGAGGCAGUAGGAAUUGGUCAAGAGAAGCGAGAUCUUACCAGGAUUGCUUCAGAACAUGUGAAGACCAAUCAUGUUUUUUCUGUUCGUUCUGAAAUACCAAUUGGCAAAGCAUGCUCCGCCCUUACAUCUGGGGAUAUCAUCAAGUUCCUCAGCGGAGAUUUCCGGCUAAGCAAGGCCCGAUCAAGUGAUCUCUUCUGGGAAGCUGUUUGGCCCCGUCUCUUGGCAAGAGGAUGGCACUCUGAGCAGCCCAAGGAUCAUGGGCUUUCUGCUUCAAAAAACUAUUUGGUAUUUCUUAUACCUGGGGUCAAGAAGUUUUCAAGGAAGCGACUUGUGAAAGGAAACCAUUAUUAUGAUUCUGUUAGUGAUGUCUUGAACAAAGUCGCAUCAGAACCUGGACUCCUUGAGCUUGAAAUUGAACCAGCUAGAGGCUGUGAACAUGAUGAAGAAAACAGGUGGGACCGGCAGAUAAAACAGGACCCAUAUAGUUUGCCAAACCAGCAACGCCAUUCCACCCUUCAGCCACUCAGUUCAAGAUGUAACCGAGAUGUGAUGAAAUUUACUAUUGUGGAUACUAGUUUGGUUUAUGGAGAACAGCCUAAGGUGAGAGAACUGAGAAGUUUACCCGUCGACUCCCCUAAUGACAUCUCUACUCCUGAAAUUGAGCAACAAACAUCUGAAGAGUCACAAGGUGAGGCAGAACUAAUGACUAAUUCAAACCCCGCAGAGAAUGAAAUUGUGCAGGGAGUUUGCACUGGCUCAGCCGAAUGCAUAACUAGUGUUUUCCCCACUGCCCUAGGCAACUCCACUGUUGCUAUAGAAAAUCAUGAUGGUCAGAGUGCCUGUAUGCCUAAUGAGAAGCAGUCUAGGAAGGCUAUAAAAUAUCAAUUCAGUCGUAAGGUAAAACAUGGUCAUGCAAAAGACUUGGCCCCUGUCAAGGAAUCAAGCAAAAUAACUGCAAUCAACCAUGAAGAGUUGAGCUGCAGCAUCGAAAAUAUCCCUGCUGAGAUCAAAUUAAACAGAGAGGAAUCCCAUUGCCAGUCAAACUCUCCUGAUGCAAGUGAGAACAUGGAUUUUCAAGUGAUUACUUCUCAAAAUUUAUCCUCUGCUAAUUCUUUAGCUAGGGAUGGUCCAGAUGAGAGUAUUGAUGGAAACUGCCUGGGCACAGAAGUGUCUACCGGAAAAGCUCAGCCCCCGACAAUGGUCAACCUAAACCUCCCUCAUGUUCCACCAGAUUUUGGAACUGAUGAGCCCUUUGUCAUGGACAUGGUGCAUAACCAUGACGAGGUGCCUGCUGACAAGUCAUCCUUUAUAUCUGAAACAAAUCAGCGGUCUCAUCUGUUGAAAAACUCAAUCUACGGUGGAGGCCUUCAGGCUAAUGGAGAUAAGAGACCUAUCAAUGGACGGAGGCAGAGCACAAGAAACCGGCCAUUGAGUACAAAAGCAUUGGAAGCUCUUGCAUGUGAUUUUUUAAGCACACAGAGGAAGAGAAAGAGAGUGGACUUUCUGCCACAAAAUAACCCAAGGUCAAAAUCUUCUCAACACAUCCUCGAUAGAUCUGGUGGUUGUGCCAUUUCCAGCAAUGUUAUUGGCAAUGACGUUGUAGGCUUCAAUAUUGAGAAGCGGGCAACUGAUGCAAUCUGUACUAGUAACAGCAACAUUGUUAGCAGGUUUCAGGUUUGACCUGGGAUUCAGGAGGAAAUGAGCAAAAUCCUGCUUAACCUCAAAAGUCUCGUUCUCCUGUGCCAUUCCAGUCAUUUGCUUGGAUAUCUUGGUUUGAUGUAAAAGCUUCCAAAAAGCAUACUGGAAGAUCAUAAUAAUCUCCUUCAGUGUUUCAAUUAGUUGUCUGUCUCAUGUAACGGUUGGUGGAACACUAAAAUGAGGCAAAAGCAAGUUGAUGGAAUUGUGAUCACAAUUAGCAUGCUUGGGUUCUGAAGAGACAUGGAGGAGUGUUUUAUUCAAUUGGUGUCAUUUUAUACUUGGGAGCAUUUGAAACCAGGCUGGCACUUUCGACCUCUAAUGUGGAUAGGCUUGCAGAAGGAAUGCUGAUUUAAGUAGAAAAGGUUUGACCAUUAAUCUGCACUCUUCAUGGAGUUGCUGAAAUAGUUUCAACCAAACAAACGAUGGUGCAGCCUCAAGAAAUAAGACUGAAUACUCAUGACUACCAUAUUCAUUGUCAAGCUUUAAUAAGCAUGGUUCUCCAUGUUAUUGGGCUUGUCUAUUCAAUAAUGCUGGAUUCUUUUGUUAGACUUUGUAUACUGUAUCAUCCUCCUACGCUCAAAUUUAUUGAAACAGAAAGGUUCAAUACACCGCUUUGCUCA